AUGGCUCUCUCUGACUCUGACGAUGACGAAUCUGAAGAAGAGGAAGAAAGCGAGGACGAGGCCCCAGGAGCCCUUUCCUCCUAUGCAGUAGCACAAGGGAACAAGAAGAAGAAUCUAACGGAUUUUGAGGCUUUUGAUGAGGGUGACGAGAAUACGACAGUGGAGAAGAUGAAGACGAUCAUGGCUCUGCGUGAGACUCUGGGAAUGGAUCAAGAUACGCAGUGGUUGAUAGAGGAGAAGCGGAAAGAAGAAGAGAAGAAACGCCAGGAAAACAUGACAAUGGAAGAAAAGACUGCGGCAUCGGGAGACAUGAUGGCCCGUAUUCGAGCGAAGCACAUGGCCAAGCAAAAAGAGUUGGAAGUCGAGCAGGAGAAAGCUAAUGAAGAAAAGCGUGCCUUGAGAGCCAAGGCGGCCUUGGAAGCGGCCGCCAAAGACUCGGAUGACGAGGACAGUGACGACUCGGAUGCUCCAAAGAAGAAGAAAAAGAAGAAGAAACCCAAGAAGGUAGAGAGCUCGGAUGAAGAGGAGGAGGAAGAAGAGGUUCCCAAGAAGAAGAAGAAGAAAAAGAAGAAGAAAGUUGACUCUGAUGACGAGGAAGAAGAAGAGCCCCCAGAGGAGGAAGUCAAGAAGAAGAAAAAGAAGAAGAAGAAACAAGUUGACUCUGACGAGGAGGAGGAAGAAGAGCCACCAGAGGAGGAAGUCAAGAAGAAGAAAAAGAAGAAAAAGAAAAAAGUUGAGACUGAUGACGAGGAGGAGGAGGAUGAGCCACCGCCAGAGGAAAAGAAGAAGAAGAAAAAGAAGAAGAAAAAACAAGUGGACUCGGACGAUGACGACUAG